AUGUCCCAUGGAAGUCGCUAUUAUUUACAUCGUGGAGCAAUUGUGUCGGCGCUGGUCGGAACGGCGUUGCUGAUCAUCUCCGCAACGACCCCUCAUUUCUACGUCGGCGAUCGGAGCGCGUGGACUUACAUUGACAAACCGGAGAACUCGUCACGAACCCAUGAGGAAAGUCCAAGUCAACCUUCGGGAAACAACUCCCAACCGUUGCCUGCCGGUUCCCAAAUGCCGCAUUUGCCUUCCGCUCACCAGGUAAGUGUUCAAAGUGCGACGCACAGAUUUCCCAUAGAUUUUCGUAGACUUUUUACAGUUUUUCGCUUUCACACAGCGCAUCUUGAAUUCUUGCCGCCACCGCACUGCGGAUUUUGCGCUCAAAGGGUUAUCAUUCAACACGAAAGUUGGCAUUCUGUUUCCGCUUAUGAAAGUGUCCAAAAAAUCCGUCUCAAUGACGGUUUUUUUGGACAAGGUCAGACGAAAGGCGAAAUAUUGCGUAAACUGAAGAGAUUUUCUAUCACGAAACUGACUCAUUUGAUUUUUUUCGUUUUAGGCUCAAAAAAUCCGCCUUGUUCCAGACUAGACACGGCUCGUCGGCCGGCCCGGGCCGUUUUAAAUUUGCUUUGGCCCGGGCCGGCCCAUUGAAACGAAAGUCUCCCCAAGUCUAACUCCUUAUGACCAAAUUUUUUUCUAUCAUCAUGUAAAUGGAUAAAUACUGUGUUCCAUAGCUAUCUAAAAACAAAAAUACCUUUAAAAAAACCAAUGGUGUCUUGACAUUGCGUUUAUUUUCAUUAUCAACCCCAAUUUUCGCUUCGAGAUUCUGGAUUUAAAAUAUUCUGGGCUGGGCCGGGCCGGGCCGAAACGAUUUGAAAUCGGGCCGACGGGCCGAAAUUUCGGCCCGACCCACGGCUGCACUUUGAACAUUCUCCCGGCAAACAUCGUUGAAUAUAUAUGCCGGCUGCCUUUGCAAAGCGCAAGCCAAAGUUCGGCCUUUUUUUGGAAACAAACAAACAAUUUCUUGCAGAACAGCGACAGAGGUCUCACCGCAUUCAAGGUGCACAACAGUCUCCAAAUCGUCGCAGUUUUAGUCUCCUACAUUGGGACACACUACGGCUUGUAUGGCGCCGUCCGUUCGAGUUUCCGCGCCUUUCUGGUACUCCCCAUCGCAACGAUUUUUUCCACCGGCUUCUCCGUUUAUGGGAUGACCUAUUUUUUCAUCACGGUGGGACAGCAGAAUGGAGAAUCGGACCUCAGCGGCUUCAGUUUUGUCGGAUUCAUUGUGGCACAAUUUCUUUUAUUGUUUUCCGGGGUUAUUGGGAUUAUUUAUAGCCUACUUCCGAAGUAUUAA